UCCGCACAGAGGAAGGAGAAAUCUUACAGAUAUUUGCCUAUUCUCUUUCCUCCUCCAUUUCUCUUGGUUGGACGAGCCAAGGAUGUUGCAUCUCCUACUUCCAUUGCUGCUUUUAAUCUCCAAUGUUGUCCCAUCACAAUCGGACAUUGUCGAGAGCCUUCCCGGCUUCCCCGGGGAUCUUCCCUUCAAACUCGAAACAGGAUACGUAGGGGUAGGAGAGUUGGAGGAAGUGCAGCUAUUUUACUACUUCAUCGAGUCCGAGAGGAGCCCCAAGGAUGACCCUUUGUUGCUUUGGCUCACCGGCGGUCCCGGUUGCUCUGCUUUAUCGGGCCUCCUCUUCGAAAUAGGUCCGUUGCGGUUUGAUUAUUCAAAUUCCAGCGGAAAUAGACCGGUAUUGCGGUUAAAUCCCUAUUCUUGGACGAAGAUAGCCAACAUAAUAUUUUUGGACGCACCAGUAGGGACGGGGUUUUCAUAUGCAACGACAUGGACGGCAUCCAACAAGACCGACACUUCCUCGGCAGCACAAACGUACGAGUUCUUAAGAAAGUGGCUUAUGUCUCACCCCAAAUUCCUCAUAAAUCCGCUUUACAUCUCUGGUGAUUCUUAUUCUGGUGUGAUCGUUCCCAUCAUCGUUAAAGAAGUAUACGAUGGAAAUGAAGCUGGACGUGAGCCGCCAAUGAAUCUCAAAGGCUAUGUGCUAGGCAAUCCGGUUACUUGUGAAGUAAAGGACAUCAGUCAAAGAAUUCCAUACGGUCACAAGACGGCUCUCAUAUCAGAUGAACUUUACGAGUCAACGAAAACGGAUUGCAAUGGAGAUUACGUGAAUGUAGAUCCCACCAACGGAGCUUGUCUAGCUGACCUUGAAAUGGUAUCCAUAUGCCUUGAGAAGAUAUAUUUGGGUCAAAUAUUGGAACCCAAGUGUAGUAUCAUAACUCCUAACCACACGAGGUUAGAAUGGAGCAGAAGCAUACUGGAAGAGAAUAUCAUUGACGUCGUUUCGAUGCCUCAACAAUCAAGGCCAUGGUGUCGGAGCUACAACUAUCUCUAUUCUUAUAUUUGGGCCAAUGAUAGGAACGUCCGAGAAGCCCUGAACGUCCGAGAGGGCACGAAGCCAGAGUGGGAUAGAUGCAACUACAGUCUAGCUUACACAAAGGACGUUCUUAAUAGUGUAGUUUAUCAUAAAUACCUCUCUAAGACAUCCCUUCGUGCCCUAAUUUACAGUGGUGAUCAUGACUUGGCUCUUCCGUACGUGGGUACGCUGGAAUGGAUAAGAUCACUUAAUUUGACUUUACUUGGUCCGUGGUCGCCUUGGUUUGUCGAUGGUCAAGUGGCCGGAUACUCCAUACUAUAUUCGGAGAAUAGUAAGUACGAUUUGACAUUUACAACAAUCAAGGGAGGGGGUCACACAGCUCCGGAGUAUAAACCCAAAGAAUGUUUUGCAAUGAUUGACAGAUGGUUUGAUUAUUACCCGCUCUAGCUAAUUUCAAUUGUGGGUUGGGUUGGUAGAACCAAUCCACAUUUGGCUCUACUGAGUGAGUCAUCAGAAUAAAAAUGAGGGCCAUAAUAAUCCUUGGAAUAGCUAUUUGAAUUUCCAAUAUUCCAUCUGAAAAAGUUUGACAGUAAAGCUAUUACAUCAACAGAGUUUUUGUUUCAUCCAUUUUUUAAGGUAA